AUGUAUGCCCUUACCGUCUCCGCAGUUCUCGCAGGAGUCACUGAUCUUCAGCCCACUGACACUGAGGACUCACCAUAUCACUACUCCUUCAGAGUCCAGUGCACAUCAUGUCGGGAGGUACACCCGAAACUGGUGAGCUUUAACAGAUGGGAGAAACACAGCCUAUCGGGGAGCAGGGGCGAUGCGAAUUUCGUCUGGAAAUGCGGAUUCUGCAAUCGCGAAAACUCUGCCUCCUUCACCAACAACCCAUCCGCAUACACCGAAUCCCAAGCCCAACAGCAGAUUAUCCAAUUCGACUGUCGAGGUCUUGAGUUUACGGAAUUCAUACCGGAUGGUGAAUGGCAAGCCAAAGGUGCAGAGUCGAAUUAUCCCUUUACGGGGAUUGAUUUGCAGGAAGGAGAAUGGUACGAUUAUGAUGAGAAGGCGGGUGAAGAAGUUAGUGUUACGGGGCUGAAAUGGGAGAUCAAGCGCGUAUGA